UUUUGUCAAUAUUGACCUCGUACGUCUUUCACCUGCUUGAUAUAAAGGCAAAUCAAGAUGGUAAAUUUAUAAAUCAGUUCUAAACGUCAAUCGAAAAGUUAUAAAAUGAAAUUUCUCUGUGUUUUCUUGACUGUUGUUGCCACUCUGGCUAGCGCAUCGCCAGCCAAAUUAAAAAAAUACGAUAAGUGCGAACUCCGGGAAGAAUUGAGGAAACGAAACUUCCCAACAUCCGACUUGGACCUUGCGGUUUGUAUUUUUAUGGACGGCAGCAAAGGUCUCAUUUCAAUAAAAAAAGAAGACGAUCUAGAAGAUAAUGUCCAAAGAUAUGGAUUGUUCCAGCUUGGUGACGAUGAAUGGUGUUCAACUGGUUCAAAAGGAGGGAAAUGCAAUGCUAAUUGCCAAGAUUUUUUGAAAGAAGACAUCACAGAAGCGGCAACAUGCGCCCUGCAGGCCCUCAGAGAGAAUGGAUUCCCCGAGUGGCCCGGAGAAUAUGACAGAUGCCAAAGCAAACCUCUAACAUUUGAUGACUGCAAUUAGUAUUAAAUCUCCAGCCGACGUGCUAUUACCAUAUUUCUUUUAAAAAGAAAAAAUCGCAAUGGAAUUUGUAAAAAUAGAAAAGCAAAUUAUAUUCAAUUUGCAAG